AUGGCCUCCAAUGUCGCGAGGUCCGGAAUUACCACCGAUGCCCAAACCGGCGAACGAUAUAUUCCCUCCUCGGUCCGUGCUGACGGUUCUAGGCGCAAGGAGAUCCGCGUGCGCCCCGGUUACAAGCCCCCCGAGGAUGUCGAGCUAUACAAGCACCGGGCAGCGGCAUCAUGGAAAACCCGAGGAAAAGCCGGGGUGCCGGGUGCGGAAGCAUUGAGCAGCGAAGACGACAAGACCAAGACUACAGUUAAGCCCACAACCACCGCCACCACUGCCACCAGCAACAAGAACGCCAAACGCCGCGAAGCCAAGCGAAACGCAAAGGAAACGGACGAAGCCGGUCCCACCGCCGAGGGCAGGGGCGCGUACUCAAACAACUGGCGUGUCCCGGCACCUACACCUAAGAAGGAAGAGAAGCUCACUGAAGAGCCAGUUGAUCUCGAAGCCGAAAAUGAGAAAAAGGCCCGCGGUCUGAAGAAGAAACUCCGCCAGGCGCGGGAUCUUCGCGAUAAGAAGCUACAGGGAGAGGCGCUGCUGCCGGAGCAGUUGGAGAAGGUCAUUAAAAUUCAGGAACUUGUCCGGCAGCUGGAUAUUUUGGGAUUUGAUUCCAAUGGCGACAAAAAGAAUGGUGACAGCAAUGAGAAUCCUUUUUAA